GGCUGCACGUAAGGUAGAGCAGAUACAACGUAACAUAAUCCUUAUCGACUAGCUGGAAAAGUGACCGUAGGGGAGGUUAACCAAAGAUAGCAGAGGUACGAGGAUUCUCUCGGUCGGUGUGUGACAGCUCAGAGGCGCCAUGCUACCGGAGGAUGGAAGCUGAUCAAGAUGUGUCAGUUAGAGAGCAGGUUUUCCACGAGUGGGUCCGAGAAUGCAUAAUCUGUACCCUGCUUUUUGCCGCACUCUACUUGCUCUCUUACAUCGUCAUCACCAAGUUUAAGAAGCAUGCUGACUUUACAACAGUUGACGUUGAGGAUGCAGCAGUCAACAGAAUUGCACCUCUGGGAAUACUACCUUCCAUACCUCUAUUCCGGUAUCUCUCUCUUUGGUGUUCUUCUGCUUUUGUUUUGCACUCCUUUUGGUCUAUCACGUAUGUUCUCUGUCACUGGGAAACUGCUGGUCAAACCGCGGCUCCUAGAGAAUUUGGAUGAACACCUGAGCUGUACAGCAUUUGAGGAGGCUGCUAUAUCACGUAAAAUAUCUACCAAAGCAUCCUGCUGGUUGAAUGUCAACAUGGAGGCCCUGCAGAAACGUCUCUUGGCCAUACAGAGCCACCGAAUGAUGCUGGAAAUGAGAAGAAGAGCUUCCCCUUGGCAGAGGAACCUGAUGUACCCCCUGGCCAUGCUGCUUCUCCUUGCUCUCACUGGGCUGUCUGUGCUGCUCGUCUGCUUCCAUGUGCUAGAGCUACUCAUCGAUGAGGCUGCCAUGCCGAAAGGGAUGGAGGAUUUACGAGUUGGGAAAGUUUCAUUCUCUUUCUUUGGUUCGUUUGGAGCAGCUGUACAAGUCGUCCUUAUAUUCUAUCUAAUGGCUUCCUCUGUAGUGGGCUUCUACAGCUCCCCAUUCUUCAUUAAGCUGCUGCCUCAGAAACAAGACACGACUAUGACCAAAAUCAUUGGGAACUGUGUCUCUCUUCUCGUGCUCAGUUCUGCUCUUCCUGUCUUCUCAAGGACACUGGCCUUAAACACCGUUGUGUAGAUUUGUUCUUUAUAUAAAAUUACAUUUAUUUUUUUUUACACUAGAGAAAAUUAAUUUCUAAACUGUCCCUUAUAAAUAUUGCUGGCACCUCUGGGUAUCAGUCUUUUAAUACCCCUGUGACAUUAUACUGUGAACUGAGCUGAUCACCUAUGUGCUAAUGCCGAUGUUUAACCUUUCCUAGCACAAACAAUUGCUGUUAAGCGUAUUGUUUUAAUAACCAAAACCUCUUUGCUGUCCUGGGAAUGCAGAAAACCGUUCUCAGCUGAAUAUUAUCAAAAUUAAACCCGUCUGCUCAGUAGCUCCAUAAAAUGUAUUACAUUGUUUUUUUUAAUUUUCUAGGUUCAAUAAAAGCUGUUCGUUUUUGGGUUUUUUUGUCCUGUGGAAGGUACAAGACAUAUGUCGACUAGCUUUUUACGUAGUUGACAGGUUUAAAUAGAAGACGGAGAUUAACUCAAUUACCCAUUUUUGAUGUUUACACAAUUUUAUUUUUUAUUUUAUUUUUUAAACAUAGAUCUUUUAACAAUAACUUUCUUAGUGAUCUGCUAGCCCAUAGUUCCCCUUUACAAAUACACUGUGACUUAUCUUUGGCUUGAAAACUGUGUUGGUAAAACCUUUGACCUUUACUUCUCUAUAUAACCUAACCUAAUGCACAGUAGUAUAUUUUAGCUUCAUGGCUUAGCUUUAUUCUGAAUGAGCCAGCGCUGAUGGACUGCCCUUUGUUUUGUUUGUUUCUUAUCCACUACAAUGUAUAGAGUUUUUAUAUAUUUUAAUGUUAAAAAUAUUUAGAUGAAUAUGUUUAUUUUUAAACAUCCUAUUGACAUCAUUAUCAAUUUUAAAUACAAAGAAGAAAAUGAAUAUGUUCUCAAUUUAGAUUUAUAAUAGCAAAUUGUCAUUCUGUAGUUUCUCACACGUCGGGGCAAAUGUUAUUGUGGAAUAAGGUGCAUGAUAUUGUAGCUGCUGGCAGCAUUUGCAGUGUUGUAAAACAAGAGCUUGUAUUUCGCUUCUCCUGCAGCUGCGUUGCAGAACAGCAGCAGAGGAGAAUGUUUGUUGUGUGUUGUGAAUAUACUCAUUGCAGAUACAGAUUGCCAUUAUCAGUAUGACUUUUAUGACUGCAAAAGAAAUGUAAAAAUUCUGUUGUUGUUGAUAGUUGUUUAACGUGGGGAAAGAGAAACUAAAAUAUUGUUUUCGAACAAUUAAAAGUUGCUCCUUUUUAUAUAUAAAAAAAAAAAUCUUA